AUGUUGUUUUCGAAACCUAUAGAAAGUAUUUUAGUUCGUAUUUUGGAAAAGUUGAGAAGAAUAAAAAGUUUAGAAUGCAUAUAUGUGGGACAUAAAAUUACCAAAAUUUUAGAUGAAGUAAUAGGGAAUGACUAUUUUGGAACUUCACAGAACCGAAAGCGAUUUUACCACGUAGUCAAUAAAAUAACUACCCAGUCUCGAUUUGAAUGUGUCUAUCUUUCACUGUUAUCUAAAGGCUAUGACAUUAAAUCCAUAAUCUGGUUACAAUGUGAAAGUUUGGAUGAAAAUACUCGUAGAAGGCUCUUACAAAAUACCAACAUGUUCCUGUUGCGUUAUGUGGUAAAACCGUUAAUUAAACAUUUUUACCACCCCUUAAAAAAUCACAAAGGUUAUGAAAUCAGAUUCAUUGAAAGAUCAAAAUGGCACCGUUUCCAACACAAAAUCCUAAAUGAACUCUUACGAUUGAAAUUUCUAACGUUAGUAACCGAUAAAUUUCUGUCUCGAGGUGAAUUGAAAUUAUUUCCUAAAACAUCCUGUGAUUCCCUAGAAUACAGACCGAUAAUAUAUCCAAAACAAUACAGAUCACCUGUUACUAAAGCUAAAUUUAGAUGUUUAUCUAGAAAAAUUGAAAAACUGGCAAAUACUUUUAGUAAAAUUGGAAAUGGUUCUCUAUUUAUGUUUUGGAGAAGCUACUGCAAGCAAACCAAGGGGCAAACUAUCUACGGCAUAAAACUAGAUAUCAAAGACGCUUUUGGAUACGUUAACAUCGACACAGUAUGUAAUCUUAUAAAACGAAGCAAUUUUAGUAUAUCCGAUAAACAAUUUAUUAUAAAUCAUAUUCGACAUCAGUAUGUUACGUUUCAUAAAAAGUUGUAUCGCUGGAACCACGGGUUAUUACAGGGUGAUCGCCUUUCUUCCAGUCUAUGCAACUUGUACAUGAGCAAUUUUGAGAAAGAGCAUUUACAAGAAUUUUACCAAGCUGGUUGUUUUCUGCAUAGAAUUGUUGAUGAUUAUUUCUUUUGUUCUGUACGAAAAGAUGAAGUGGACAAAUUUGAAGGCAAAGUUAAGAGCGUCUUUCAAUUAAACGAGACAAAAACUCAGAGAACUGAUGAAGAUAAUUCUGAAUUACCAUAUUUUGGGCAAAUUUUUAAUCUGCGUACUAGACAGGUAAGUAAAUACUACAGCUUUAAAAAGGAUUGUCCCAUUCGACAUAAGUUUAGGUUUUGGAAUUGUAAGAACUGGAUUCCCGAAAAGUCUAAAAAGAAUAUUAUUUCGAGAUCACUACAGUUUGCUUAUAAUAAUCACUGUUUUAAGAAACUUGAACUGAACACGGCUUUCAAUAGGGAAGAGACAGUUUUAAAGAAUUAUUUCGAAGGUAUGGUGUUCAUCGCUUUUAAAUUUGAUGCUGCCGUUAUGGCCAUUCGGGAGUUUAAACAAAAGGCGAGCGAUAUGCCUUUUUUGACAGACGUUUUAGAGAAAGUCGUGUUUGAAUACAGCAAUAUAAUUUGUUAUAAAAUCAAGCAAUGCAAGGGCAAAUACUUUAGUGGCAGUAUUACUUAUAUGCUGUUGAAAAAUAUUGCUUAUAGGGCUUUCAUACUCGUUUUUAAGAGAAGGAAUGAAUUUUACGAAAGUGUAAUUCGUUAUAUUAAAAAAAAAUGUUUGUAUCUUAAACUGGAGAUAUUUUGUGUGCCACCAAAUGUUUUUACCAGGUUGCCUGAAGUUUUUAAGAACGUUUGUGUAAAUAGAAAAGCAAUAAUUUAACUAAAACAUUUUUUGUUGUAUACUUAUAUCUUUUUUUAAG